CCUCCCCUUAAAUAUAGAAACCUCGGGUCGGAGUUUACGUGCAUAUAAUGUGCUUACGUGGAAGGUCUGGACCCGAAAGACUUCUUUACGGUGUUUUGCAUCGUUAUCGCCAGGAAAUGCUGUUCUCAUCCGCUUGCACUUGAUUCAGGAAUAUAUUUUCUGGUUGCUUCCGAUGGCAGACUCCGACGCUCAAGUAAGGCUGAACGAUCAGCUGUCGAGAUAUUACAAGAAACGAAUCGAGUACGACCAUGUUACUGUGUUGGCAAUAUACUGGCAAGAGUGUUCCAGUGCCGGUUAUAAGGACGAAGCUGCCAAAUUAGGGACAUUGAUGAAGACGUUCAAUUUCCACUUCGAACACUUCGAGAUUCCAAGUUAUGACAGCCAGUUUGCACUAUAUAAGAGGCUUGUGGAGUUGCUGGCGGCCAAUCGGCAAGAUAAUACUUUACUUAUCAUACAUUAUGGAGGCCAUGGAUGGGUUGAUGACAACCACGAUAAUCAAUCAGUAUGGGCAGCGUAAAUACACUUUUCUCAGAUUCAGAAUAACAAGCUGACAGAGAUGCCGUAAAGAAAGCCAUCAUACCGAUGCGAACUUGCGAUGGUCCGACCUCCAGAUAGAACUCAAACAGCAUAAAUCUGAGGUCCUCUUGGAUUUUUGCUUUGCUUCCCAAGCAGCUCGAGGUUCAAAAGGCCCGAUUCCAAAUAACGUGGAGCUUUUCGCCGCCUGUGGAAUGAGUGCAAAAACUCUGGCUCCCGGUCCAUAUUCUUUCACUUCCCUACUCAUCCAGGAAAUCUCCGAGAGUAUCGGCUCUGAUGGAUCGAUAAAAAUUUCGGAAUUACAUAAAAGUAUGGCGUCAAAACAUUCCCAAUUGAAGCAGUCAGCAGUGUACUAUCCUCUUAGCGGGCCAAAGGCGAGCAUCACCCUCCAACCUCGGGCAGGCUUCUCUGAUAGAACACCUCCUACACCCCCAGAAGCAGGGUCCGUCACGAUCCGGAUAUCACUUUCAAAGCUGGAACAGCUGAAUGAAGUCGUGGAUUUAUUGAAGCUUAACCCUCCAUCUACCAUAUCAAAUGUCAGAAUCGAACAAUUGAGACAAUCGGCGACUGCAGUGAACAAUUUUGUAAGCGGUAACAACACCAGGGGUAACACUGCAGUUAAAUUUAGCAAGCACCCUCCGUCGGCUCAGGAUGA